AUGAAAUCCAAGUCUCCAACUAGGAGUAAGCAGCAACUAGCCUUCGCAAAAGGCGACUGUGGACUCUUCUCCAGGCUCUACAUAGCCUGUCAAACAAGAGAGGGUGAUUUGGACGAAUUCUUCAAGCAUGAAAACCGGGCCUAUCCACCAGCACUCUCCAGUAAUGGGAAACUCCGCUUCAGCAAGAAGGCCGACGUACUCACACCCCUUGAACAGCUUGCUGACAAGAUCACUGACGCUCCACAUGUCACCUCAAUUAUACUCGAUGGACCUGCCGUUGUGGAAAUGUUGAAGCCAGGAGGCAGUCGGACAUUUCAAGAAUACAACACAGCUGUGUUCAUUCCCUAUAAUGAAUCACAGCUCGAAUAUCGAUCUCGACUUGACCUGGUAUGGGAUUGCUACCUGAAAUCUGGGAGCCUAAAAGCAACAGUAAGAUGUAACCUUGGCAAGGGCAUUCGAAGACACGUCACUGCCUCUGGUCCUCUACCUAGCAACUGGCAAAACUUUCAUCGCAACACUGACAACAAAGAGGAUCUCUUCAGUUUCCUGUCAGAACAGGUUAUGCAGUUGGUUGUCAUAGAAAGUAAACAGCUGGUUGUCGCAGACAAGAAACAGGUACUCACUGUUCCACCCCAGAAGGACACUGCCAACUUGGCACCAUGCAACCACGAAGAGGCCGACACUAGGAUGAUGGUUCAUGCAGCUGAUGCCUUGGAAUGUGGUCACCGGCAAAUACUCAUUCGUACCGUCGAUACAGAUGUUGUCAUCCUUGCAAUUGCUCUAGCGGAUGAAUGGAGUCAUAGCAAGAAGGCAGCCUGGGCCACAUGGAAUGCAUUUCCGGAAGUGACAACCGCCUUCCUCAGUCUGGCUUCCACCUCAAGUGAGCUGCCUGUUGGUGUCCUGUCGACACUGGAGAGAUUCAUCGUGCUGCUCUAUGACCAUACAAGCACAUCCUGUGACGUGAACGUGCUGAGAAAGAAACUGUUUUCAAGGAAAUCAAGAUCACUGGAGCAUCUCCCACCAACACGAGCAGCUCUGGAGCAGCACAUAAAAAGAGCUGCUUAUCAGGCUGGACAUAUCUGGGGACAGGCAGCAAUAGCGUUUGUAACUACUGUGAUGAUUCCGGUGGAGGUGGGGUGGGCGGCGACGGUGCAGUGGAUGGCGGGCGACACCUCCUGUAGGAUGUUCUCCUUCUUCAGGAUAUUUGGCCACUACCUGUCCUCCUUCAUCCUCGUCUGUAUAUCCAUCGACAGGUACUUCUUAGUGGUACACCCGCUGAGCCUCAACGCUGCUGACAGGCGGGGAAAGAUAAUGAUAGCUUUCGCCUGGUUCCUGGCCUUCAGCUGCUCACUGCCUCAGGUGAUCAUCUUCCACGUGGAGAACCAUCCCACCUUCACCUUCUACGUGCAGUGCGUUACCUUCAACUUCUUCCCCUCGGUCCACCAUGAGAUGGUCUACAACAUCUUCUGCCUGGUGAUGCUCUACGUGGCGCCCCUCUCCAUCAUCAUCAUCUUCUACGGUGCCAUCGUCGUCACCAUCUUCCAGAAAAGUAGAAUGUCCUCCGAUGACUCAACCAUCCGACGGUCCAGCCUGGGUUACCUCGGACGAGCUCGGGCGAGAACCAUCAAAAUGACAGUGAGCAUCGUGCUGGCGUUCUUCAUCUGCUGGACUCCCUAUGUUGUCAUUAGCCUCUGGUUUUGCUUCGACAGGUCAGCGGCAGCACUACUGGACGAGAAAGUCAAGAAGGGCCUCUUCAUCUUCGCCUGCUUCAACUCCUGCGUCAACCCCAUCGUCUACGGCAUCUUCAACUUUUGCAAGAAGAAGCAACCGAUGACUCAGACGUGGCGCUCUACUACUCUCAACACUCAGAUGAACUCCCGAAGCUAUGAGUGUCGAAGCUUCAAGUCCAGCCGGGUGUACUGGAGCCGCCGAGAACCGCCCUCCACCGUCACCAACUCAGAUGUGACGGACCACACUGCCGAACUUCUCCUACCCCGCAACCUCAACUCUCCAUUUCGCAAUAGGUCACACUCAGGGUCGGGAUCAGGAUUAUCAAUUCCUCUUCAAACUUUGUCCAAAUCAUCGCCACAGUUUAGAAGACAGAUCCCUCAACGUGAACAUCGUGGGAACACAGCACUGACCACACAGUACAAGAACGGCUCCUACUAUUCUUCUUCCACACGUUCCGUACCCGAAGAACGGAACGGCAAUCAAGUGUAGAACACGUAGAUGAACGGCAACAACGGUAGAACAGGUAGAUGAACGGUAACAACAGUAGAACAGGUAGAUGAACGGUAACAACAGUAGAACAGGUAGAUGAACGGUAACAACAGUAGAACAGGUAGAUGAACGGCAAUAACAGUAGAAAAGGUAGAUGAACGGCAACAACAGUAGAACAGGUAGAUGAACGGCAACAACAGAGUAGAACAGAUGGAAACAGAAGUAAUUGUAUAGUGAUUUAAUCAUAUAUGUAUAGUGAUGAACAAUAUACCUAUAUUGAUGAACUAAUCUGGUAUAGUGAUGAACAAUAUACCUAUAUUGAUGAACUAAUCUGGUAUAGUGAUGAACAAUAUACCUAUAGUGAUGAACUAAUCUGGUAUAGCGAUGAACAAUAUACCUAUAGUGAUGAACUAAUCUGGUAUAGCGAUUAACAAAUAUGCGAUAGUGAUGAACAAUCUAGCAAUAGUGAUGAACUAAUCUACUAUAAUGAUGAACAAAUAUGCUAUAGUGAUGAACAAUCUAACCAUAGUGAUGAACAAAUCUGCUAUAAUGAACAAAUCUGCUAUAAUGAACAAAUAUGCUAUAGUGAUGAACUAAUCUGCAAUAAUGAUGAACAAAUAUGCUAUAGUGAUGAACUAAUCUGCAAUAAUGAUGAACAAAUAUGCUAUAGUGAUGAACAAUCUAGCUAUAGUGAUGAACUAAUCUACUAUAAUGAUGAACAAAUAUGCUAUAGUGAUGAACAAUCUAGCUAUAGUAAUGAUCUAAUCUGCUUUAAUGAACAAAUAUGCUAUAGUGAUGAACAAUCUAGCUAUAGUGAUGAACAAGCUGUAGUGAUGAACAAAUAAAGCUACAUAACACAGUUUUUAGUGAUGACAAACACACAGAAAAAUGAAUUGCUCAUGAAGACAAACUUAGCGUCACCGAUGUAAAACAAAAACCAAACAAAUAAAGAAAAGAAUAAACAAUGAAAAUAACAGAGAGAUAAAUGUUAAUAAUGAGAAGGAAUACACAAAAUCCAGCGACCAAAAUGUUGAAGAUAAUCGCUUUGGGUUAAAUUAUUUAGUGAUGUUAAAGGAGCUACGGUAUACAUACUUUUUGUGACUAGAUGUUUGAUUGUACAGUCACCCCCCAGAAAGUAUCUUCACGGAGAGGGUCGAUGUAUUCCACAAUGAACACUGUGACUCCUGUUGUCUCGGUAGGGUUGUCAAAAUCCUUCGUCCGUUGAGUCAUAUUGUCUCACACAAAAUCGUAAAGACAUUUUGUGGAGCGAGUAAUAAACAAUAGAUUUGUGUCAGGUAUUUUCCUUAAAAUUGAAAACUAAAGCCAAUCAAACAUACAAAUCACUUCUUUAUUGAAUUUUCUGAUCUAGAGAGUAAAAAAAUGUAUUGUUGCUACUUUUUUUUUCUUUUUUUUUACCGAUAUUACAAGAAAAGGGAUCCCAUUAAAGAUUGAUAUAACCAUGAGGAGAUCCUGUUUCAUCUGUGGUAUGAUGAGACUAUUGAACACUAAAUGAUGAGGUUCUACUAAUGUGAAUGUUUCUGAUCGUUAACAUAUAUCAACUCUCUCUCUCUCUCUCUCUCUCUCUCUCUCUCUCUCUCUCUCUCUCUCUUAAAAAAUAUCAGUUGUCAGACCUACAGUACAACCAGUUAAGCUAUCACCCUAUGACUUAAGUACAGUAUCUGGAAACCUUAAGUCAUAAUGAUUCCUCGGUGAAACAGAACUUAAUGAAGGUGUUAAUAUCCGUCUACAGUUGCAGUACAUAAUAGGAGCUGGUGAAGGAUUUUGGAAUAUUUUUGUUCAUAUAUUUGGCCACCAAUGAGUGUUGUCAACUGAAUAAUCUUAAAAAAGUUCGUGCAUCCAAAUUUCCUCUCUAACUGAAGAUGUUCGAGCGCAUUAAAACUGGUUUACUUAAAGUUCGAGAUAGAUGAUGGUUUAAAUGUGUCCCAAGUAUCGUUGAGACUAUAUCUAUUUGUGUUCUGUCAUCCUCAGCUUGAGAGAGGGAGAAGAGGGGGCACACGGUAUGAAUCUUUAAAGGACCCAAGUUAAGCUUUCGGUGUCUUGUGUAUAUGAAUGUCGCUUCACUGUUGCCACAUGUCGUUAGCUAAACAAUUAUCAUAGAUUUAUAAGGAAAAAAAAUCUGUUUCACAUAUCAAAGAAAUUAUCGCCGUGAGUGAAAGACUGUGAUGACCAGAGUAUUUUCUAUAUCGUAGUGAGAGUUACACGACUCUCGUUCCCUAUGUAGGUAUAAGAAAUUAAUAUAUAUAAGAUAAUUUGCUGUUUUAUGUCAAACUUAAGAAAUAAUAAUAAUAAAUAAGGAUAUAUGUUGAAGGUCCUCUGAUGCGCGCUUAUCCCCCGCCUGUCCUGUACUUGGCACUGCUCACCAUAACAAUGCUUCACCUGUUGGUUGUAUCAGCAGGGAGAGGAACAAACACCUGGUCACUGGCUACCUUAAGCCACAAUUGAACAAACAAUAAUUAUCUUUAGCAUCAAACUUUUAUCAGUAAGUCAGGAAAGUCUAAAAACAAGUCUUAACUCGGUACACACACCAAGUAUCUUCGCGGAGGGUCGAUGAAUUCCACAAUGAACACUGUGACUCCUGUUGUCUCGGUAGGGUUGUCAAAAUCCUUCAUCCAUUGCGUCACAUUGUCUCAGAUAAAACUGUCAAGAUACUUUAUUGACUGUGUGUACUUAUCAUAACCUGUGUCAGUGCAAGUUUAUAAUUUACUGUUCCUCAUGUUAACAAUAGUGAUUAUACGACUGCCAUACACGCUGACUAACCAUACUGUACCACCAAGAGCUCGUACUAGUCAAUUAAUAAAUAUUUUUACUUAUAGCUCUGUACUUUUAUACAAAUCAUUACUACUACGUCUCAUCUUUAACUCAGUAUUAUCAUAAAAAAUAUUGUUAUAUUAUUGUGACAUUUUUCAUUGUAUAUGAUGAUGUUACAGAAGUUUAAUGAGCGCUCACUAAAAUAUUAUCCCAACACUACAGUACCUCAGUCAGUCAGUCAGUCAGGAUUGGAAUUCAUAGAGCUGGCUGGUGCUAUUAGAAAUAAGUUCUUUAAUACUUCUAUCUCACCCGUCUUAAAAACCUCAUUAUCUCACCAUAUAAAUUAAACACUGACUUCCUGCACCAUUAUAAUGUUCCUCGGGUGCGUUAAGGUUAGAAGGUCCCUGCAUACAAGGCUCAACUCUCCACUUAACAACAAUCGCUGUGUCUGUGUUACUUACGAUAAAUAAAAGUCAAUUUACAUCAGGGUUAUACUCCGGAGAAUCUGAUUACUGGAUCUAUUACUAAAAUUUUAUCAAUUAUAUGACCGCUGAGAUUAAAUACUUACGUUUAUUCUAUUAUUAAAAUUAUCAUCUAGUUAACGAAAAUUAUCACUUAACCUUAUACCGUUAUAUAACCAUCAAUUAUGGAUAUUUUGUGGAUAUUUUGUUGAGAUUAUAAAUUAUCCUUAACAGACAGCAAUUAUCACGUGAUACAACAAUAAUGAAGUGAUAAAAUAUAAUAAUUAAGUACCUGGCUAUAGAGAAUGAUAUAGAAAUAGGACAUAACAUAAUAAAAUGGCAAUAAACACAAGGAAACUGGAUUAUAUUAACAACACUGAACGAAGUCAAAUAUAAUGUAACCAAACCCAGCCAACGAUAUUCAGGAUAUAUUCUCCUAUAUUAUAACUAUAUAAGAUAAUUAGCAUAUCAUCAAAAAUAAUAAAUGUGGAUUAUUAUCAGGUAUGAAUGACACCAUGAGGAAGAAAAUGGGUUAGUACUUAAGAUGAUUUAUGUGAUUAUAUUGACUAUGUUUUUCUAUACAUAAUUUGGGGUGACAUCUUGAUAAACUUGAAUCCUAGUUUUUUUUUUUUAAGGGACUUAUGUAACGAUACGUGAUGUAGUCCCAGGGUGUUAUUAAGAGAGAUUAAUGUGUGGGUGUGUGUACAUGUGUGUGUGUGUGUGCGUGUCUUACAGUGUGUGUUUGUGUGUGCGCGUGCAGACUGAACACAUUAUAUUCCAAACUCAGGAUCUGUUUUGGGGGACCAGAUUCUCGAUUAUUUGUUGGUUUAUUUUUCGCACUUCAUACUACUGGACCUCCUCGACUGAUCAAGAACAAGGUCGAUGGAGAUGUGUGAUAUAAUAAGAUGACAAACUCAAUCCAUAAUGUAGCGUUGUUUACCUUUUGUCCAGGUCACAUCAGAUCACAAUUCGGGGUCAACACUUGUCUUUUGUAACGCCUUAACUCGUGAGCACUUUAACACGUUGUAGCUAGACAACCACUGGAGGAGGUGAUGACCCUCUUCCAAACAAUGUUAUCUGUAAACAUGUGAGUAUUUCCGUAAAUAAACGUGUUUGACCGUAGACUUGUGUUUUAUUUCCGAGGCGUAGCGAUACGAAUAAAA